CAUUCGCCCGCGAGCCGCCGAGCAGCGAACACCCCAAACAAUCCCCAGCGCCGCCGCCAAAUUAAAUAACCCCGACCCGCCCGCGCCCCGCGCCCCCUCCGCGCCCACAGCCCGGCACCGACCGGGACGGGCGCGCAGCCGGCGAGCCGCGCCGGGGAUACGGGAGCGGAGCUGCGCGCCGGGGCCUCCUCGCUGCCUACGCCGACACUGGGCAAGAAGUUAUCUGCUACAAAGGAAGAAAGAAAAGUAAGCUUGCACUUCAGACUGCUUUUUGAAUAUCUUUCUAAUACAGUGGUGUUCCAGAAGAUGAUAAAGAAAUGAUAGCAGCUCCAGAAAUACCAACUGAUUUUACUCUCCUUCAGGAGUCUGAGACACACUUCUCUUCUGAUACAGACUUUGAGGAUAUUGAAGGAAAAAACCAAAAACAAGGCAAAGGCAAAACCUGUAAAAAAGGAAAAAAAGGACCAGCAGAGAAGGGAAAAAGUGGAAACGGAGGAGGGAAACCCGGUGGUCCGAAUCGUAUGAAUGGACAUCACCAACAGAAUGGUGUGGAAAACAUGAUGCUCUUUGAAGUAGUUAAAAUGGGCAAGAGUGCUAUGCAGUCUGUAGUGGAUGACUGGAUAGAGUCAUACAAACAUGACCGAGAUAUAGCCCUGCUUGAUCUCAUUAACUUCUUUAUUCAGUGUUCAGGCUGCAAAGGAGUUGUUACAGCAGAGAUGUUCCGACAUAUGCAGAAUUCUGAAAUAAUCCGAAAAAUGACUGAAGAAUUUGAUGAGGAUAGUGGAGAUUAUCCACUAACUAUGGCUGGCCCCCAGUGGAAAAAGUUCAAAUCCAGUUUUUGUGAGUUCAUUGGAGUACUCGUCCGACAAUGUCAGUAUAGCAUCAUAUAUGAUGAGUAUAUGAUGGAUACUGUCAUUUCCCUGCUGACGGGGCUGUCAGACUCACAAGUCAGAGCGUUUCGGCACACUAGCACGCUGGCAGCCAUGAAACUCAUGACUGCUUUAGUGAAUGUGGCAUUAAAUCUAAGUAUUAACAUGGACAAUACACAGCGGCAGUAUGAAGCAGAACGAAAUAAAAUCAUUGGGAAACGAGCUAAUGAUAGGCUGGAACUCUUACUACAGAAGAGAAAGGAGCUUCAAGAAAAUCAGGAUGAGAUAGAAAACAUGAUGAAUGCAAUAUUUAAAGGUGUUUUUGUGCAUAGAUAUCGAGAUGCAAUUGCUGAAAUAAGAGCCAUCUGCAUUGAGGAGAUUGGAAUAUGGAUGAAAAUGUACAGUGAUGCCUUCCUCAAUGACAGCUACUUAAAAUAUGUGGGGUGGACUAUGCAUGACAAGCAAGGAGAAGUAAGACUCAAAUGCCUAACUGCUUUGCAAGGGCUUUACUAUAAUAAGGAGCUUAAUUCCAAAUUGGAACUCUUCACCAGUCGGUUCAAGGAUAGAAUUGUGUCUAUGACUCUUGACAAAGAAUAUGAUGUUGCAGUCCAAGCAAUAAAAUUACUCACUCUUGUUUUACAGAGUAGUGAAGAAGUUCUGACUGCAGAAGACUGUGAAAAUGUCUACCACCUGGUUUAUUCAGCUCAUCGGCCAGUAGCAGUUGCCGCAGGGGAAUUUCUUUAUAAAAAGCUUUUCAGCCGCAGAGAUGCUGAAGAUGAUGGAAUACUGAAAAGGAGGGGAAGACAAAGUCCAAAUGCUAAUCUUGUGAAGACAUUAGUGUUUUUCUUUUUGGAAAGUGAAUUGCAUGAACAUGCUGCUUAUCUUGUGGACAGCAUGUGGGACUGUGCAACAGACCUCUUGAAGGACUGGGAAUGUAUGAACAGUCUUCUGCUGGAGGAGCCUCUCAAUGGAGAAGAACCUUUAACAGACAGGCAGGAAAGCGCACUGAUUGAAAUCAUGCUUUGUACCAUUCGGCAAGCGGCUGAAUGUCAUCCUCCGGUGGGAAGAGGAACGGGGAAAAGGGUGCUGACAGCAAAGGAAAAGAAAACCCAGCUGGAUGACAGGACAAAAAUUACUGAGCUUUUUGCGGUGGCACUUCCUCAGUUGCUAGCAAAGUAUUCUGUAGAUGCAGAAAAAGUCACCAACUUGCUGCAGUUGCCACAGUACUUUGAUUUGGAAAUUUAUACAACGGGGCGAUUAGAAAAGCAUUUGGAUGCCUUACUGCGACAAAUUCGGGAUAUUGUGGAGAAGCACACAGAUAUAGAUGUUUUGGAAGCCUGUUCAAAAACCUACCAUGCUCUCUGUAAUGAAGAAUUCACAAUUUUUAACAGGGUUGACAUUGCAAGAAGUCAGUUAAUAGAUGAAUUGGCAGACAAGUUUAAUCGACUUCUUGAGGACUUCCUGCAAGAGGGGGAGGAACCUGAUGAAGAUGAUGCAUAUCAAGUCUUGUCAACACUGAAGAGAAUCACUGCUUUUCACAAUGCUCAUGACCUAUCAAGAUGGGACUUGUUUGGCUGCAACUACAAGCUAUUGAAAACUGGCAUUGAAAAUGGAGACAUGCCAGAGCAGAUUGUUAUUCAUGCACUGCAGUGUACUCAUUAUGUAAUCCUUUGGCAGCUAGCAAAAGUUACUGAAAGCAGUUCCACAAAGGAGGAUCUUCUACGUCUAAAGAAGCAGAUGAGAGUGUUCUGUCAAAUCUGUCAACACUACCUGACCAAUGUAAAUACUGCUGUUAAGGAACAGGCUUUCACAAUUCUGUGUGAUGUGUUGAUGAUCUUCAGCCAUCAGAUUAUGACAGGAGGACGUGACAUGUUGGAGCCACUUGUUUACACUCCUGAUUCUUCCUUGCAAUCUGAACUACUCAGUUUUAUUUUAGAUCAUGUCUUCAUUGAUCAGGAUGAUGAUAAUAAUAGUGCGGAUGGACAGCAGGAUGAUGAAGCCAGCAAAAUUGAAGCGUUGCACAAAAGAAGAAACCUGCUUGCAGCUUUCUGUAAGCUCAUUGUGUACACUGUGGUGGAAAUGAACACAGCCGCGGACAUUUUCAAGCAAUACAUGAAGUAUUACAAUGACUAUGGUGAUAUUAUUAAAGAAACAAUGAGUAAAACAAGACAGAUAGACAAAAUCCAGUGUGCUAAAACACUUAUUCUUAGUUUGCAGCAGCUCUUCAAUGAAAUGAUUCAAGAAAAUGGUUAUAAUUUUGACAGAUCAUCACCAACAUUCAGUGGCAUAAAGGAACUUGCUCGACGUUUUGCUUUAACAUUUGGAUUGGAUCAGUUGAAAACAAGAGAAGCUAUUGCUAUGUUACACAAGGAUGGCAUAGAAUUUGCUUUUAAGGAGCCUAAUCCACAAGGUGAGAGCCACCCACCAUUAAAUUUGGCAUUUCUCGAUAUUCUCAGUGAGUUCUCCUCGAAACUUCUCAGACAAGACAAAAGAACAGUGUAUGUUUACUUGGAGAAGUUCAUGACCUUUCAGAUGUCUCUACGAAGAGAAGAUGUGUGGCUUCCUCUCAUGUCCUACCGAAACUCUUUGUUAGCCGGUGGGGAUGAUGAUACCAUGUCAGUGAUCAGUGGAAUCAGUAGUCGAGGAUCUACAGUAAGAAAUAAGAAGACAAAGCCAGCAACAGGCAAGCGGAAAGUACCCGAAGCUGAAGAAAGCAGCAGUAGUGACAGUAUGUGGCUGAACAGGGAGCAGUCAAUGCACACACCAGUCAUGAUGCAGACACCUCAGCUCACCUCCACGAUAAUGAGGGAGCCCAAGAGAUUGCGACCCGACGAGAACUACAUGGGUGUCUAUCCUAUGCAGCCCGAGCACCACCAACCGCCGCUCGACUACAACACGCAAGUAACGUGGAUGUUGGCUCAAAGGCAACAGGAAGAAGCCGCGCGACAACAACAGGAGAGGGCAGCGAUGAACUACGUCAAGCUGAGAAGCAACUUGCAACACGCCAUUCGACGUGGCACAAGUCUAAUGGAAGAUGAUGAAGAGCCAAUUGUUGAAGAUGUGAUGAUGUCAUCAGAAGGGCGGAUUGAAGAUCUUAAUGAAGGCAUGGAUUUUGACACCAUGGACAUAGACCUACCACCGUCAAAGAACAGGAGAGAACGAACGGAACUAAAACCAGAUUUCUUUGACCCUGCUUCAAUCAUGGAUGAAUCGGUUCUUGGGGUGUCAAUGUUUUAAUACCAGAGCAGCAAAUAAAUCAGUGGUGAAGUCAUUUUCUAAGUGGAAGAGGAAGUUUUUCAAUACAAAAUUGUGGUAGAUACAGUGAAAUUCUGAACAGAUUUUUCUCUAAGGAGAAUGACAUGCUUUCAAGAUCAAGUGCAUUGAAGGGGCAGUUUUGUUUGCCUGAAAGAAAAAAGAAAUGUAAAGGACAAGUAAACAAUUUGAGGAUAAGCUACACUUUUUGUUGGGAAAAAAUUCAAUAUUUUAUUUAUGUGCUAUCAGUUUCUUUCUGGAUCAUAAGAAGUAUUCCCUCUGAGUUUUAAUCUUAACAGUCUGAGAGGUGUUUGGUACAGAUUUGAGCCCCUCUCUAUACAUUUGCUGGCUAUACUAAAUAAUCAUGAGCUCUGCUGGAUUGCUGUUCACGUCCAUGAGCUGUAAUCGUAGAUGGAUUGGUUUUCUCACAGUGUAGAACGAACCAGAAGAGUUGUCAGUAUUUUUAAUUAAAUGCAAACUUCAGCAACAGAAGGUUUGUAUCAAUUAAUCAUGGAAAAAAAUACAUAAAGCAGAAUUUUAACAGCUUUUUAAUCUAAAACACACUUUUUAUUCCAAAAGCUUCAUGUUAGCCUUCUCAGAAAGGUCCAUAAGCUAUAAGCUACCAGAACGUAACAGAUUUCACUCUUGCUUGCCCAUUACCAACCCUGAAAGUUUGCUUGUCCUUUAAGAAAAAUGUAAUGUUGUGAAAUUCCUUCCAGUAGUGCCACUGUAUUUUGUCUCCAAAUAAAAGAAGCUUAUUGUAGUAUGUUUGCAGAAAAAUUCUAAACAAAAAUUAUACAGCUUAUUAGAGUGUGGGAAUAGGGAUCUAAAUUUUAAAUAAAAUUAUAUAUAUAUAUAAAUUGGUGCUGAUUUUAUAAUUGCGCAGUUUGUUUAGUUUUUUCUUACUUUUAAAUUCCAACUUAAAAUUAUGAGGUUUCAGAAAUAUAUUGAAAGUUUAACAAUGUUUAAAAAUAGAAGAGCAUGAGAAUUCAUGCUUUAAAAAUGAUUUUUAAAUUUGUAUUUUAUAUUGUUUUAUCUAUCUGUCUUUGCAAGCAGUCUUCAGGUUAAAGAUACUUCUAACAGGUUACAGUACAUUUCCUCUAUAUGUAAAUUAGAUUGGAUAAUAGAAACUCAUAAACAACCCAUAAUAUUCUUUGAAAGCUAAGCUUUAAAUUUCAUUUUGUGUCCAUUCACAAAUAAAUUAAAUUUGGUCUAAAACAGAAAGUGGAUCUAUGCCAUUUUGACAUUGACUCAUUUUGCAAGGCUUAGGCAGCUAGACAUCAUUUUAAAGGAAAUAUUAACUUAUAUUACAUAUGUAUAUUUUUUGUCAGUUGUCUCUCAGUUCUCGAGGUAUAUUAUUUUAAUCAUUCCAUGCCUUAAUACGCUUGCAAUACAAGAAUCUCCCCAAAUGGGUGAAUACAAAAAGGCUUCCUGUUUUUAGACUCAGAAAUUAAACAUUCGGCUGUGGUAGCCAAAAACCAUAGAUUAUCUAAAGGAUCAUGAUAAAAUAUAAUUAUUUUACUAGGUCAUGGGGUAACAACAAAAUGAAAACUAGAUCUGCCUAACUCAUUUUACAUAAAUAAAUACUCUCAUGUCUAAAAGUACUGCCUAUAUUGUUUUCCACACCACUGCAUUUAAUAGAACUGCUGAGAGGACUGUAUAUAUGAUUUUAAACUUAAGUUGAUUUUUCUUACUCUUGAAGGAGUGUUUCUUUGUGAAAGCAGUUCUUACAGCUUUGUUUUCAACCAGCUAAAAAUGUUUUAUAUAUUUACCUUAACCUGUUGUCCUCCACAUUCUAUUGUCCUAAUUGUACUGUUUUCUGAUUUGUAUUUAUGUCUUGAGACAGUAACUUUUUGAAUAAAAAUAAACCUACAGUAUGUUGUAUGUUUGAUCUUUUUAAAUUGGGGUUAUGGGAGGACAGUGAAGAAAGGGGUAUGAGUAAUGCAAAUGUUAUGUUUAUAGAAAUCAAAAUCUUUUUCCAUGUCUUUUAAGUGUUUGUCUCAGAGUUGGGAUAAUGUAUGAAAAACUGCACUGUUUUAUAUUUGUAAUAAAUUGUACAAGUUUUUAAAAUGUGAAUAAAGCACUAAUUGGGUAAUAAUUUAAAGCAGAAAAGUUAAUGCAAUCAUGAUUGUUUUAAAUAUGCUUUAAUUUGAGAUAAACUUGUUAAAAGAAUUAGUGUAAAUACAGAGUGAGCUUUUGAAGAGGUUAGUACCUGCAAAUAAAAUUUUUAAAAUUUGUAUAGAACUUUUACAUGCCAAGAAAGCAGUGGUUAAUUAUUUUUGUGUUACAUUUUUUAAAGGUGUAUUAAUAACCUUUCUGUUGGUUUCUUUUUCCUAAUAACUAUUAUCUGAUUUUACUCAGAAUGCUUUUGAUUCUGACAUUGGAGAUGCUGUACAUAGUCCAAUGGAAAUACCAUUAAAUGUGUAUGCUACUUUCCAUUCCAUAAAUUGAUCAUACACCUGGUAAGCAUUUUGAGCUUAAUUGGCCAGAGAGCAAGGGAAUGAGGGGAAAACCCUAAACAUCCCCUCCCAUUCCCCUCUCCUCAACUACUGAGCACCUCUAGCUGGGAUUUGAAAACUCCUUUCUGGUACAAGACUUUUUAAAGCAGUGAUUUUAAAAUCUUAGAGGGAGAAAACUUUUAAUCCUUGCUGAUGUAACCUAAGGAGUUUUGGGUUGGUUUUCGUUUUAGUUAUUAUUAUUGCAAAUGUUCAUUAUUCCUGUCUCUAAAUCCUGCUGUAAGUUCAAUAGUAUCUUGUGAAAAAUUGUUUUAGUAAGUUCUAAGUUUAUAAUACAAGAAAAAUACCUUCACUAUACAAUGUAAAGUCUGUUCUAGUUAAAUUUUGGUACAAAAGCCUGUAAAUGGAAGAAAUUGGAGUUUUGAAGAGAGAGAUGAUAAAAAUGUAGAAAAAAACAAACUAUUCAGAGAAGGUGAAGCCUGUCCUCUGGUUUACCAGAGAGGCCAUAGGGAAGGUAUUGACACAGAAUGAAUUUCAAAGGAAUAGUUUCCACAUAUGCUGUAAAAAGUAUUUCUUGAUAUUAAACAACCAAAGACAAUAUGUAA